CCCAUAAACACCGUUGUAUUAAAUCCACUACACCCACGAUCCCCCCUUUGUCUUGGUUACCAAAAGUUGUCCUAUCAAAAACUUGAAGAUGAACAAUUCCCAGAGCGCGAGCUACCAAGCUGGCCAGGCCAAGGCCCAAACUCAGGAGAAAGCUAGCGGCUUGAUGGAUAAGGCUAGCAAUGCUGCCCAGUCUGCCAAAGAAUCAGUCCAAGAGGCUGGUUCCCAAAUGCAAGCCAAGGCACAGGGAGCUGCUGAGACCGCCAAGGAAAAGCUUGGAAUGAACAAUUAAUUAUAUGACAAUUUUCCAUUCACAUAUUUUAGCAGCUCUAUUGUUAUUUACGUUUUUAUUUUCUUGUUGGUCUUUUACAACCCAAAAAUGGGUUGAUGAUCAUCUAGCACUCAUGGGGCGUGUAAACGAAUUUUCCUUACAAUAAGACAUAAUAAUUUAUGAAAGUAUCGACCCUUGCAUUGCGCGACCCUCUAAAAGUGUUUGUCGGUACAUUAGAAUUUUAUUUUGCACUUAUUUCAUCACAUAAAACAUAAGCGUCCACGAGCACUUCUACUAUGCUAUAUAGUAUUGGUGCUUUAAUGUACAACUUGAAGUUGUACCAUAAUAUUAAAUGUAUAAGUUUAGGUUGUACCAUAAAGAAAUUUGUAUCAUUAUGUUAUGGUACAACUUUACAACUUAAAGUUGUACCAUCACAUAAGGUACAAGUUUAAGUUGUACCAUAAAAGAAUUUGUACAAAAAGUAUAGGUACAAUCUAAAGUUGUACCAUAACGUUAAAGGUAUAAUUUCAAGUUGUACCAUAAAAGCAAAAACCUAUAGCACCAAUACUAUAUAGCAUUGUAAAAUUCCUCAAGCGAUCCACCACUAUUCUCAAUUCCUUCUGUUUACAAUCUAUAAUUCUAUACAAUUUUGCUUGAGUUGUCUAUGCUUUUACUUUAAAUAGAUCAUUUUUAGUUAAAAAAAAAGUUCAAUUACAUGAAAUAUCCAAAAUUUUAUAUGUUUUAACUUUAUUUAUCGUGACAUAAUCUCUAUCUUAUAUAGUAGUGGUUGGUUCCCAAACUCAUAAUGAAUCAUAUAUUAUGUAAAUAUUAAUAUGGAUGACCACUACAUUAGAUGCACUAUUGGGUGUUAUGUGUAACCACCCAACUCAUUCAAAUUCCACAUUCAUUCUCACAUUUCAUGUAUAUUGAUUGUAAGAAUGUAGGGGUUAUGUGAUGUGUGUCUAUAAAUAGAGGAUCUUUUUGUACUAAGAAACACAUGAAUAAGAAAGCUCUAUCCCCCCUCUUUUCUUGUGUCUCUACUCUUACUCUUGUGUCCAUUGCUCUUCCUUGCUAUUUUAUAACACGUUAUCAGCACCAAACUCUGCCAAAGUCAUGGUUGGUCAUUGUCUCUCUACAUAAUCAAAUAUACUUGAGUAAGAUCACAACACCAUCACGGUAUGCAUUUUCAUGUCGCUUCUUGUUAGUAUGUUUAUCUAUCUCAUUGUCUUUGAGAGAUUAUUUGAUCUUGUUAUUUGUUCUUAUUAUUUUAUGAACUUAUCUUAUAUAUAUAUAUCGAUCUUGUAACAUAGAGUUUAUUAUUGGACAUUAUCAGAUAAUGAAAAUUGCUUUUGUAGUAGCAAAAUCAUUAUGGGUUGACUUAUCGAUUGCUACAUUGGACAUAUAAAGAAAUGAAAGUCUAAAGAUCUCAUUUUCCCCCGAAGUGGAAAAACGAUGAAAAUGUGUCAAAUGAAAGAAGUGGAUCUGGUAACAAAAAAUGUCAGGAAUA